CGGAAAACAAAAUUCAAAGCCAUAAAUUUUAAACACCAACAUUCUUUAGUAGUUCGCUUCUCGCCAUGCGCCGCAGUUGCGCUCCGUCGAUGAAGCGGUCCCUGCCGGCCGAACCGACAAUCCGACAGCAGCCGUUACCGCAAGCCCAACCGGACCCGGGAAUGCUGGAGCUGCUCACCAGUUCGGAGAACCAUGCCCGAGCGUUGGAAGCCCGCGCCGCCGCAGUCAGAAAGCCGGCGGCGUUGGUGGACACCCCCGCAGAACCAUCGACGUCGCAGGUGCGCUUCAAAGUGUGCUGGGGCAAAAUAACGACCAAAAAGCACAAAACGUGGGAGGGCGACGGAACGUUGACCAUCGUGGGCGGGAAGAGCGCCACGUUGCGCGACGAGGACGGCAAGGUGAUUGGGAACGCCGGGUCGGUGAAGGGGGAGGAGCUGGAGGAGGGUUCGCGGUUGAUUGUGGGGAGCAAGGAGGUUGAGCUGGUGGAGCGGAUUGACGGGGAGGUGGCCAAGGAGAAUGAUGUGCCUGUGAAGCGGGUUCGAUUGGAGGCGAGAGGUGGGUUUAAGGCGCCGGCGGAGUCGAUGUGCGCCGGGAGGCCGAUUGUGGUGUCGAGUUUUAAGCAGGUUGGGACGGUGGGGGAGGAAGCGAUUGCGGAGGACUUUGUUCCGUUGACGAUGCGGGAACCGUCGUUUGAGCAUCAGUGGAAGUAUAACAAGGGUAAGGUUCCGGUUGUGACGGUGAGUGUUCCGUACUGCGUGGCGAAGCAUUUACGGCCUCACCAGCGGGAAGGGGUGAGCUUUCUGUACGAGUGCGUUUUGGGCAUGAAACGCGAAGAUUCGGAACAGUUUGGAGCGAUUUUGGCCGACGAGAUGGGACUGGGGAAGACGCUGCAGACGUUGGCGUUGAUCUACACGUUGAUGAAGCAGGGACCUUACGGGCAGCCGAUUGUGAAGCGGGUUCUGAUCGUGACUCCGAGCAGUCUGGUAGACAACUGGGAUCGAGAGAUAACAAAGUGGUUGAAGCAGGAACGGAUCUAUACGUUCAUCGUUGGGCCGAACAACAAGUUGAAAAAGUACGCACAAUCGGCGCACAUUCCGAUAUUGAUCAUCUCGUACGAGCUGUUGGCCAAGCAGGUGAGCGAGCUGGAGACGGUCAAGUUUGAUCUGAUUGUUUGUGACGAAGGGCAUCGUCUCAAAAAUAGCAGCAUCAAGAUCGCGGAAGUUCUGGACGGGAUCGACUGUCGGCGUAGAAUUCUGCUCACCGGAACGCCGAUCCAGAACGACCUGCAAGAGUUCCACUCGUUGAUAAACUUUGUCAACCCUGGAUUGCUCGGCACCUACUCAGAGUUCAAAGCCAAGUACGAGAACCCGAUCGUCCAAUCACAACAGCCGAAUGUCCUUCCUCAGUUCCAAGAACUGGGCCAAACCCGGCUCAACGAGCUGAACUCCAUCACCUCCUCGUUUAUUCUGCGUCGAACGCAGGAAGUCAACAACAGCUAUCUCCCGGAGAAGCAAGAACUGGUCAUUUUUGCCCACCCUUCGGAACUCCAAGAGAAGCUUCUCACGCUGGCCCUGAAGCACUACGAACAAAGCGGAACCAACGCCAUAACCCCGCUUCAGCUAAUCACGAUCCUCAAGAAGAUCUGCAACCAUCCGUCGCUCAUCUCAACAACUGACUCCAAAGACCCGGACUCGCUGCAGAACCUCCUCAUCUCCCAACUCCCAAACUGGCAACACAUGGGUUCCGCCGACUCCGGCAAGCUCGCCAUCCUGGAAUCCCUGCUCGAAGCCCUCAUCGAUCGGCGCGAAAAGGUCGUCAUCGUGUCCUACUUCAGCAAAACCCUGGACAUGAUCGCGGGCCUGUGCGAGCACUACAACUACAAGUUCUGCCGGCUGGACGGCGCCACACCCUCCCAAGACCGCGGCAAACUGGUCGCCACCUUCAACAACCCGUCCUCCGACAUCUUCAUCUUCCUGCUCAGCGCCAAAGCCGGCGGAAUCGGUCUCAACCUGGUCGGCGCCUCACGGCUCGUGCUCUUCGACAACGACUGGAACCCGGCGAGCGAUCUCCAAGCCAUGUCCCGCAUCUGGCGCGACGGACAAACCCGGAACGUCUUCAUCUACCGACUCAUCACCGCCUUCUCCAUCGAGGAGAAAAUCUUCCAGCGGCAAAUCUCCAAGACCUCCCUCAGCGGGUCCGUCGUCGACCAGAAGCAGAACCUCAGCAACUUGAAGCUCUCCGACGACGAACUCAAAGAUCUCUUUUCGCUGGUUGAGGAGGACGACCGGGAGGACUGCCUCACGCACCAGAUGUUGGCCUGCGAGUGCGCCGGAAGCGGGGACGUUCCGGAACCGGCGGGAGCCGCCUCCAGCCAGGAAGAGGUGGAAUCGCCCGAGCGAAGUCGGUAUCGGGUCAAGUUGGCCAAAACGAAGAAGAAGAACCAGAAGCAUUCGCUCAAAAUGCAGGAGCUGCUGAGGUGGCAGCACCAUCGGGCACCGGUGCAGCAGGAAGUACUUGAGGAACUGUCCUUGCAAGCUUGCCCGGAAGACAUCGUGUUUCUGUUUAGGAAUGUCGUCAACAGGAAUAAAACGCAAACUAGUUUGAGUAGCAAGGGGAAUAUCACACACUCGAAUGAUUAAUUUAUUCAUCGUUUU